AAAAUAUAAAAUAAAAUAAAGUAAAUUUUCCAAAGAUAAAAAUGCAUAAGGAAUUGGGGCUACGUGCGCCUGCUCCUCUAGGCGUGCCGGAUCUCAAAGAGACUGUUACCCAUCCGCCGUAUGGGCCUUUCUUUGGCAUUAUGGGCGUGGUCUGCUCCAUCGUGUUCUCUUCAUUUGGCGCUGCUUAUGGCACAGCUGUUGCCGGGACUGGGAUAGCAAAUACGGCCGUUAUGCGACCGGAGAUGAUUAUGAAAUCGAUUAUACCAGUUGUUAUGGCGGGCAUUAUAGCGAUCUACGGCUUGGUUGUGUCCGUGCUAAUCUCUGGCAAUUUGCAGAAUGCUGAUUCGUAUCCAUUGGCCAAGGGUUUUGUCCAUUUGGCAGCUGGCAUAUCAGUGGGAGUUAGCGGAAUGGCUUCAGGCUAUGCUAUUGGCGUUAUAGGUGAUGCGGGUGUGCGUAAUACGGCUCAACAGCCACGCUUAUUUAUUGGCAUGAUCUUAAUUCUGAUUUUCGCUGAAGUGCUGGGUCUCUACGGACUAAUUGUGGCAAUUUAUCUGUAUACAAAAGAAGUUGUAUGAGCAACUUUAAUAAAAUGAUCUUGCAUAUUCGCAAUUU